AUCUUGAUUGCACUGCACAAAUGUAAGAACCCAAGUUUCAAUUCCAAGUGAAGUGGAGACAAUAAUGAUCAUUCUUUUUUAUAAGCGUGGUGUCCAGGCCAGCUUGCACGCACUUAGACUAAUUCCACGGGAUACCUGCCGCCUCCUAUCAGCAACAGGUAUCAGGUACCAGGUAACUCUAUCCAUCAAGCCUUGGAUAGAUGGGAAGAAAUCACCUAGUGUGUUUUGCCUCUGCUGAGAUUUGAACUCGAGACCUUAUGGUUCUCACCCACUUUAUUGACCACUAGGCUACACCCUUGGAUGCCAAGACAAUAAUGAUCAAUAAUAGGUCAGUAACCAGUACAUAGAAUCAUAACAUGAUUAUUAUCUGUUUCCUGAGCUUUGAAGACAAGUAUUGGUAGAUAUGAUCACAUUGGCUGAGACAAAAGGGAGGGCACCAUUUGUCUUCUUAUGUAAAUUGCUUCAAAAGUUGCUAACCAUGAUUACAAAAUGCAAAAACUUGCAUUUUACUCAAACAAGUGAACUACUUCUACCACAACUCAUCAGUAAAAAAUAACCUGUUUUACAUACCUUCAUGAAGUUCAUUCCACCUUCAAGAUCAACACACACGCCAACACACGAAGCAUGGCGUGUUUUGAACGUGCAUCGCCAGCAUUGAAGGAGAUCCUGCUCAGAUUAUACCGAGAUGAACGGACCAUUGAUGUCGACCAUCACCUUCAUGAAUUUGGGUCCGUUGAAUAUUACGUUCAGUCCACGGUGUCAGAUCCUGAUCGUACCUACUUAUCAAUAUCAACUCCAAUUCUGUCUCAAGCAUUCCUGAUCUCAACUCGGCUAUCACGUUACACUAUGGAGAAGGUAAAGGCAAUUAGUGCUGAUGUUCUGGAGAUUGUGGAACCUCCAAAAGAAGGAUAUCAGCUGACUUUACGACUCAAUUUUGCUAGAAUGCCGCAUGGUAAAGAGUCGAUAAAAACGAUCACAGACAUUGCUGCUGUGCAAGGUGUAAUUCUGAGUUCUCAGCUGGAAGAAAUGCUGAUGAAUGUGAAUUCGCAAGAUGUGGCUCAAGGAAUGUACAAACCAAUCAAACUUGUCUAUCACCCAAGAGAGCCAUUUUAUGUCAUAAAACAGCCCCAAAAAAUCACAGCAGUAUUUCCGAUGCGUUUUAAGGAGAAAACAGAUGUGAUUAUAGCUACAACUUUCUUCCAGGAACUAAUGGAUGUUGCAAAUUCAAAAGCAUGUGCUAAGGCACCCCAUUGCAUCUGGUCCCCUAUUCCACCUCCCGAGCUAAGAGGAGAAGCAAUUGAAGACUUGAGCACAAAUGGAGGGUUUGUUUCUUUUGAUAUUACUUCACGCCAUAUUGAAGGCAAAAGGCUAGAUAAGACAGUGUGGAACCUUCUGAACUUUUACGCAUUUGUCAAAAAUCAUGUAAAGAGUACUCGAGGAUUUAUACAAAGAAGGAUGAGAACGUGUCUGAAGAGCCUAGUUGAGGUCUUACAGAAAACAGGACUUCAAGAUGACCAACAGAUUAAAGAGGUGAAAGGAUAUAAACGCAUGAAAAAGUUGGUAAAUUUCUCAAAAUCCAAAAUACUCAGAUAUAGAAGCGAUUUCACCAGUAAACUUAAGAGGAUUCAUUCGAGAUUAAAAAUCCACGGGUUCGGCCGUUUUCGUCGAAAAUGGUUGUCAUUCCCCAACUUCUCCUCCAAGACAAAGUAUAGAAAGCUGGAAAAAGAUACUUCUCCUCAACAUAAUUAAUGGAUUCUGCUUAUGGUCAGAGUUUCUUCACAAGGGACGAAAUAUCCUUGAGUCAGGAUAGUUGGUACAAUCCAACACGUACAACACCUCUGUAUUUGUCACCUUCUCAAAUGUUGGCAAUACAUAUAGAUACCCGUAUACUAUGUACAAAUAUUAAAGCACAAUAAACGUGUUGGUCAGGAGUUGUUUUAUACUUCUUUCACAGUUUACAUCCAUAUUUCCAUAUUACUCUAGCUGUUAAGUAAGAAAGUUUCUCUUCUAUUUGAUGAUCAA